AUGUUCGUGAGCGGCGCCGUCUUCGGCGCCGUCGCGUGCAUCGCCGCGCCGUUUCACGUCGACGCGGACGCGUACAGACGCGACGCGACGUUCUACGCGUGCGCGGUCGUGGGGUUAUGGUUCGUGUUGCUCGACGGCGAGGUGACGCGGUGGGAAGCGGCGGCGAUGCCGGCGUAUUACGUCGCGUUCGUCGCGUUCGUGUUGCGGGGAGAAGAGAAGCGCGACGGCGGGGUCCGACGGCGGCGGCUUUUGUCUCUGGAGGAGGUCGAGCGCGGUCGCGUCGGCGGCGGCGGCGGCGGCGGCGACCGUAGAGGCGGCGAGGCGCCGUUUACCACGCGUCGACGGGACGGGUGGCGGGAAACCGUCGCCGCGCUGCGCGGCGGCGGCGGCGGCGGCGGCGGCGGCGGCGGCGGCGACGACGCGUCGUCCGCGUCGACCGCGUCCACCACCGCGCGGACGUUGCUCGAGCUCGUGAAGGCGCCGCUGGACAUCGCGCGCGCGCUGACGAUCCCAACUUCGGAGCCGUCGCGGUGGCGCCCGUUCGUCGCCGCCGCGAGCGUCUCGUGCGCGCCGCUCCCGAUCCUCUUCUCCGUCCGCGCUGCGGUCGCGCUCUCGCGCGGCGCGUGGACGGCCGCGACGCUGACGUGCUGCAUCGCAUGUAUCGCCACGUGGCGGUCCGUGAGAGGCCGAGAGCGCCCGCCGGGAUGGUGGAGCAAGACGCUCCCGCUCGCGUUCGCGGCGUCCGUGGCGUGGAUCUCGCUCCUCGCGACGGAGCUCCUCGAGGCGCUCACCGCGCUCGGCGUCGUCUCCGGGGUAUCCCCCGCCGUCCUCGGCGUCACCGUCCUCGCGUGGGGAAACAGCGUCGGCGAUCUCGUCUCCGACGUCGUCGUCGCGCGCGGAGGCGCGCCGGAGAUGGCCGUCGCCGCGUGUCACUCCUCGCCGCUCUUCAACCUCUGCGUUGGGCUGGGGCUCGCGUUUUGCGCGUCGCAUUGGCGCGCCGACUUCAGCGCGCCGAUCGCGCUUCGGUCGCACCCGGUGCUGACGCUGUCGUUCGCGUUCGUCCUCGCGUCGCUCGCGAGCUCGAUGGCGUGGUUGGCGAGGCGCGACUAUCGGCUGACGAGGGGGUUCGGUGUAUGGCUGGUCGGUCUGUAUCUCGCGUUCACCGCGUCCGCGGUGGCGACGGAGCUGUCGGGUAUGAGCGAAUAGUUAGACGCCGUAGCGUGGACGCGCGGUGACCGACGCGCGCGGUCGGUCGGGGGGUCCCUCCGCGACGUCACGCGGAGGAGGGAGGGUGUCGUUCGCGUGGCGUGGCGCGUUCGUAGGUGGCGCGAGCCGCGGUUAGGAAUAGGACGUAGUGCCGGCGGGUGAAACGCGCCCGAGCGGUGACUGUUGUGAGGGUUGGUUCAUCGAAAAC